AUGGACCCGGCCGAGGCGGUGCUGCAGGAGAAAGCGCUCAAGUUUAUGUGCUCUAUGCCCAGGUCUCUGUGGCUGGGCUGCUCCAGCCUGGCGGACAGCAUGCCUUCGCUGCGAUGCCUGUAUAACCCAGGGACUGGCGCACUCACAGCUUUCCAGACUUAUAACAGCUGUGCCAGACUCUGCUUAAACCAAGAAACAGUAUGUCUAGCAAGCACUGCUAUGAAGACUGAAAAUUGUGUGGCCAAAACAAAACUUGCCAAUGGCACUUCCAGUAUGAUUGUGCCCAAACAACGGAAACUCUCGGCAAGCUAUGAGAAGGAAAAGGAACUGUGUGUCAAAUAUUUUGAGCAGUGGUCAGAAUCCGAUCAAGUGGAAUUUGUGGAACAUCUUAUAUCCCAAAUGUGUCAUUACCAACAUGGGCACAUAAACUCGUACCUUAAACCUAUGCUGCAGAGGGAUUUCAUAACUGCUCUGCCAGCUCGGGGUUUGGAUCACAUUGCUGAGAACAUUCUGUCAUACUUGGAUGCCAAAUCACUAUGUGCUGCUGAGCUUGUGUGCAAGGAAUGGUACCGAGUAACAUCUGACGGCAUGUUAUGGAAAAAGCUCAUCGAGAGAAUGGUCAGGACAGAUUCUCUGUGGAGAGGCCUGGCAGAACGAAGAGGAUGGGGACAGUAUUUAUUCAAAAACAAACCUCCUGAUGGGAAUGCUCCUCCCAACUCUUUUUAUAGAGCACUUUAUCCUAAAAUCAUACAAGACAUUGAGACAAUAGAAUCUAAUUGGAGAUGUGGUCGGCAUAGUUUACAGAGAAUUCACUGCCGAAGUGAGACAAGCAAAGGAGUUUACUGUUUGCAGUAUGAUGAUCAGAAGAUAGUAAGCGGCCUUCGAGACAACACUAUCAAGAUCUGGGAUAAAAGCACGUUGGAAUGCAAGAGAAUUCUCACAGGCCACACGGGUUCUGUCCUAUGUCUCCAGUAUGACGAGAGGGUGAUUAUAACUGGAUCAUCGGAUUCUACAGUCAGGGUGUGGGAUGUAAAUACAGGUGAAAUGCUAAACACGUUGAUUCAUCAUUGUGAAGCAGUUCUGCACUUGCGUUUCAAUAACGGCAUGAUGGUGACCUGCUCCAAAGACCGUUCCAUUGCUGUAUGGGAUAUGGCCUCCCCAACUGACAUCACCCUCCGGAGGGUGCUAGUCGGACACAGAGCUGCCGUCAAUGUUGUAGACUUUGAUGACAAGUACAUUGUCUCUGCAUCUGGAGAUAGGACUAUAAAGGUAUGGAACACUAGUACUUGUGAAUUUGUGAGGACCUUAAAUGGACACAAACGUGGCAUCGCCUGUUUGCAGUACAGAGACAGGCUGGUGGUUAGUGGUUCAUCUGACAACACUAUCAGAUUAUGGGACAUAGAAUGUGGUGCAUGUUUACGAGUGUUAGAAGGCCAUGAGGAAUUGGUGCGCUGUAUUCGAUUUGAUAAUAAGAGGAUAGUCAGUGGAGCCUAUGAUGGGAAAAUUAAAGUGUGGGAUCUUGUAGCUGCUUUGGACCCCCGUGCUCCUGCAGGGACUCUCUGUCUACGGACGCUUGUGGAGCAUUCUGGAAGAGUUUUCCGACUCCAGUUUGAUGAAUUCCAGAUUGUCAGUAGUUCACACGAUGAUACAAUCCUCAUCUGGGACUUUCUAAAUGAUCCAACUGCCCAAGCUGAACCCCCCCGCUCCCCUUCUCGAACAUACACCUAUAUCUCCAGAUAA